UGUUUUUUGACGAAGUUCUACCUGAAUUAGGCCAUAAUUGUACAAAAUUGGUUUAGCGCCAGUGCUUUACGUGAGCCCAAAACGGAAUGUUCAGAGCCUCUAAGAGCACUCCUAGAGGCUCUGAGCCUCCAAAAAAGGUAGAUGCACCAUCCGUCCGCCAAAAGGAUACUACCUCAAUUAACGAGCACCUUGUCCACCUGGGCAGGAUACGACUUUGGAUUAUGAGGGAUCCGUCCACACAAACAGAGAGAGGAAAGUAACUAGAAUGCUAUAGUAUGACUAGUGUACGAAGGGAGGUAUAGGUAUUAAUAGUCAAUAAAAAGUAAAAAAAGGCCUUCGUCACCGCUGAAGGUAUCCUCUUCGCCGUCGACGCCCUCUGCCCCC